CCUCUCUCUCAGCCCAAAAACCUCUCUACUUUCUCCUCUCUCUCUCUCUCUAGAAAAGAGAAGGAAGCAAGUAAAAGGACAGCACCUGAGCAUGGUCCAUAUGGAGCCGUCCAGAGCAGCCAAGAGGCUGUGGCACGUAGUGAGGGUGGUGCUCUACAUGCUCCGGAAGGGCCUCUCCAAGGACAAGUUCAUGAUGGAUCUCCACCUCCUCAUCGAGCGCGGCAAGAUCGCCGGAAAAGCCCUCGGUAACCUCAUGACCUUCCACCACCACGACCCGCGUGAGGACAGAAGCUUCAUGUUCUCGGGCUUCUCGUGCCGGUCCACGGACCCCAACCUCUCCUUCUACAGCCCCAUGGAGGUGGAGUUCAGCUGCAGCAACACGCCCGCGUACCCCUCCUUCCGUGCCGUCAAGCGAAAGAGCCGCCGCCGCCGCCGCCGCUACCACGACGACGACUACGAUUACGAUGCAGCUGCGGUAGCGAAGGCAUUUGAGAUACUGAACUCCGAGUUAUCGGAUGCCGAGUCGGUCGUGGCAUCCCCAUCGCCGGCGCCGGUGAUCUGGAGCUUCGGGAAGAGCCCAGCGGUGGUGCGACAACUGCGGAUUACGGACUCGCCAUUCCCAUCGAGGGAGGAGGACGACGACGUGGACAUCCAUAUCGAUGAGAAGGCAGAGGAGUUCAUCAGGAGGUUCUACGAACAGCUUCGUCUUCAGCAGAGGACUCCAAUGACGCCGGAAUUCCAGCGCUACCGGCGUCAACCAUUGAUGGGGCGAGCCUGAGACGAUGGUUCUCUGUGAACGAUUCUACGUAGACAAGAAUGCAAUCUAUGUUGCUUACAGCUACUCUGCUUUCAGUAAUGAAGGAGAUAUGUAUCUAUGGAGGUGUACAUAACUAGAUGUUUUCCUUUUUCUUAUUCCCUCUUCGAUGCAUCAAACAGUGAACUCCUUUCAUGCUUUGGUUAUAGACCGAGCGUUCACUGAGAAGCUUCGUUCUUGUAAACAUUCCAUUCUGUAUUCUAGUAGAAUAUUUGUGGUA